AUGUUAGCCAUAGACUGUCUGGUAGGCGGCCUGCUCCUCAGCUCGAUCGGCGUCAACAUCCUGGCGCUCGGGGCGUUCUGGGUGACGCCCAGCCUGCGGACCACCGCGAACCGGUUCGUCAUCAACCUGCUGAUCGUGAACCUGGUCUGCUGCAUCAUACUUGGCCCCUCGCUGCUGCUCAAUGCCUUCACCUCGACCAACUCUCCGGCGGCGACGACGGUAUCGAUGGCGACGCCAUCGACCGUGUACCAGCUCGCCGGAACGGAGGUCGGAGUCGCACCGACGGCCUACUUCAUGGAUCCACCGACUAGCGGUGAGGCAGGAGCACAGGAGGGAGCAGCAGGAGCAACAUCGACGACGGUACAGUUCCGCGAGACCGCGACGAAGCCGUCAAACAGGACCGGACGGAAUCAAGUGAAGUGCAUCAAGAACGGCACCAUGGGAGGUGCCGACGAUGGAACGAACAAUUGUGAUAGAACGGGGGCCAGUGAGUCCCCGGAGGCGGAGGAAAGUGGCGAGGAAGGUCCUUACGUACGGCCGAGUCCGGUCGGUCGGGACGGGGAGUUGCACGCGACGCUGACACUGACGAAGAUCCGCUGCUGGGGUCUGGACCUGGUGGUGGCCCUCGGGGCACUGUCGGUGCUGCUGGUCGUGGGGGACACCUGGUGUGCCAUCACGGACCCGCUGCGCUACCAUUCGCGCAUCUCCGAGCUGAAGGCCUGGACGCUCAUCAUCGGCAGCUGGGUGCUGGGGAUCGCGUUCGGCAUCGCGUCCGGGUUCCGGGGCGAUCAGAAACACGUGACGCUGUUCAAGAACCGCCUGACGGCGGAAGAGGUGGCCGCCAUCGAAUCUAGUCAUUGGGCGCGGAACGGCAGUGGUACCGUCGGCUGGGGUGAACCCGGCACCGGCGAUGGGUUCAUCAACCAGCUGCACAUCUCCGAGGAUCUGUACAAUACGAUCUUCUCGUACGCGUACUUCGUGAUCGUUAUCCUGGUCCCGUUCGCGCUCGUGUGCGGCAUGUACUGGCGCAUCUUCUCGGAGGCGCGCGAAAGUGGCCAGCGGAUGCGCCAGAACGGCUCGUCGCCGCUACUGCAGAGUGCCCUGAAUCUGGUGUCCUCCCAGAAGCACGCACUGGCGGAGAAGCAGCUGAUGCUAGAGCAGCAGCAGCAGCAGCAGCCGCAGCAGCCACCGCAGCUUCAACCGCUGCCCGUCAUAGCGGAGCGGUCGGUCGAGAAGUCGGCCGACGGUGAAGGUCUCACGAUGCGGAUCGACAAGCAGAUCCACUACGAGGAUGAAACGAUCACCGUGAGCAGCAUACCGCAUCACCACCACCACCACCACCAGCAUCGGGACUCGUGUCUGAAACCGCUGCUCCAGCCGUCGCCAGGUCCGACGCCAACGCACAAGUCGACGCACCACGAGCCGGAUCGGCCCGACGGCCGGUCGCAGGUGGUCCAGAUCGCGACGCCCACCGCCCUGCUGCCGAGUGUGCUCAAGUCUCCGCUCAAACAUGACCGUAACCACAACAGUAUUCUGAUGUCGCUGCCCCCGCUGGACUCCGCCGCGAGUGGGCCCAUUCCGACGUGCCCUAGCGACCUCCCGGAGACACCGGCCGACUUCGGGAAGGUCCGGCGGAACCACAGUGCCGGGCGGUUGGUUAGCUUCUGCGAGGACCAACCGGAGCUGGCACCGGUCGGGCUGCGGCAGGUCCACUCGACGCCCAACUUCCAGAAGUACGGUGCCGGGGCCGAGUUCGAGCAGCUCGGCCAGCACCACAUCCUGUCGCUGCCGGCGGUACACGUGCCGCCGAAGGCGCUCAGCUACAUGACGUCGAUCCGGCACCGGCUCUCGAACGCGUCCUCGCUGUUCAAGUACCGCGAGGAGUCGCGUGCCGCCCGGAUCAGCAUCCUGGUGAUCAUCAUGUUUCUGGUGUCGUACCUACCGUACGGUAUCCUGGUGCUGAUGCAGGGCCACGUCGAUCUCAUCAUCGUGUCCGAUCAGGCCCUGCUCGCGAUCUUCACCGUGGUGAUCGCGAACCUGAGCUCACCAUUCAUCUUCGCCUACCGCAACAAGCGCGUCCGGCGGGGCGUCCGCCGGUUGCUCGGCAUCGACAAGAAGACGAACGAGCGGCUCCAGAAGCUGACCAGCAGCAACACGCACUUCAACAACCAUCCGCAGUCGCAGCUGCAACAGCAGCAGCACCGCGAAUCGGAACAGUCGCUGCAACGGCUUCCCAGCUGUACGGCCAUCGGUGCCCUCCAGCACCACGAUCAUGGCCACGCCCUGGAGCAGGGCAACUACGAGGCCAACAUCACGCUGGCGAACGUGGUGGACGACGCGGUCUCCUGCGACGGGGCGGCCCAGAAGGCGCACAAGGUGCGCAUCGCCGGCUCAUCUGGCGGUGGUGGCAGCCUGACGCGGAGCGGUAGUUCGUGCAAGUAUCUAACGCCAAAUCACGCGGCGGCCGUGGCCGUCGCGAACGGGUUCAUAGUGGAGUUCGAGCGGUAUCCGUCGGACGAGCUCAAUAGUCUCUGCAUACAGAAGAAAUCGAUACUGAAACGGGUCUGUGAUAGUUCGCGCAAGUGGGGCUGCAACUUUGCCACCAACUCCUGCACCAGCAACGGAGACGAGCAGACGGAGGUGUAG